CCGAAAACAGAUUUGUAUUCGCCUCGUUUCUAGAGAUGGCAGUGCGGUACAGUUUUCGCCCCGAUAUAUUUUGGAGUGGCAUGUCACAUCGAUAGCGUUUUGUAUUUAUUAGUGAGCUGUGUUUUUGUGUUACACCUAUGUCACACUGGACUGUUUCUUAAAAAAGCAAUUGAGAAAAUUUGUUGCAAAAUGGUUAGAUUACCGCUGUUGUUGUUAAAAUAUCUGAUUGGCCCUGCCCCAUGUAAUCAAAUGUUUAUUGAAUUAAAAAAGUCCACAGGAAUAAAAACCGAUAGGUGCUUAGUUGUUUAGCAAACCCGCCUGUUGCGAAACGAGUGUGAACAGUCCAUAACUGUUUGUUUACUACCCAAGGCCAAACAUUGAUGUUUAUUAAAGAUCGAAAAGUCGAAAAAUAUUCGUUUGUUUCGAUGUGGAAUGUAUCUUCAAAUCUAAACAUCAGUAAACGCCGAUGAAUCGCCAUUAAGAGGGAAAAUGAACGAUUCUUCCGAUUCGGAGUACGAAGACACAGAGUACCUGGUAUUUGCUGAUUUCAAGAACCACAUUCAGCCGCACCAGUUGAAGCACGAGGACGCGGCCAUCAAGGUCAUAGGGAUCGAGAGUGACACGCCCAUGGCGGAGGUGAAUGGCAAUAUCUACCGGGGGCGCUACGAACAUUCCGUUGGAACCAACGUGUUCUUCGAGAAGGACAAGGACAAUCUGGCCAGCGAUCCGCUCUUCGAGUCUGUGUGUCGUCAGCGUUACCAGUACGUGGACAAGUCCACGAAGGUAAUAUCCUUCGAACGAGUCUACGUCGACAAUUUGCACCUGGAGGCCGAGAAAUCAGUCAAAGCUGAGGAGGGAGAGCAGGACGAGGCCAAGGCGGAGUCAUUAAAGUUGAAUAUUACCUAUAAAGAAGCCAUUAACAAGUUCGGAGAGGAGCAUUAA